AUGUUUGAGAGCAUCGGAUACAUUGGCGAAAAGAUUCGGCGAUACAACGUCUCUAAAUAUGAGUCACUGCUUCGCAAGAUCAUUAACACCCAUGGAUUAACUGGUAUGGAAAUCCCAGGUGCUAACCUUGGCACUAAGUACACUACUAGUAAUAUUGAUGAAUGGAUUAGGGCUGGACGUUUCGCAAACUUCUUUGAUUUCCACAACAAGAUCGGCUUUGGAAAGCAGCGAUCCGACUAUGGAAAUCUAAAGCAGACAAUUGAUCAGGUCCCGGUUCUUGGCUUUAAUUCGGGUAGAUAG